AAACUCCGAGGCGCGCUGCUGCCAGUCUAGAGUUUGCGGCCGGAGCCAAAGUGUGGUGUGCAGGCAGAUCUAGCAAGUUGCGCUAUGGUUUUCCGGGUGGUGGUGGUCAUGUGACAUUGUGCGAAAAAGGGAAAACCCAGGGAAUCUACCAUGUUUGUUUCACUGAGGGAGUUGAUGUUGCUUCUUGGAUUCUUCGUACACAGCAUCAAGUGGCUGGAAGGAGCAAUAGCAGCCCCGCCUUGGGCAAACCCAAAGCUGAACCCCUGCGCUAUCCAUCCGAUGGGUUGGCGCAUGCUUUAUUGGCCACCAGAUGGCGCUUGCUACAAGAUAUUCCAGAAAGGACAUCCAUGUCCGGAAGACAAAGAAUUGACACCGUCCACAACGAGUACUGUGGCGCAGAAUUUAACAGCUGAAUGUAGGUGUCCACCGAAAACUGCUGAGUACGCUGAAGACGGGCAUUGUUACCAACUGUUCACAGUAGGUCCUUGUCAAGAGGGCUCAUAUUUUGCACCAGAAUCCGGCGUUCAAAGUAAAAAGUUAGUAAGUUACAAUUUAUCGGAUAAGAAAUACGGAACUUGCAAGCAGCUGCUGGAAUGUCCAGAAGGCUUCAUAUUCUGGCCUUUGGAUAACACAUGUUACAAAAAGUACACCAGAGGGCCAUGCUCGAAAGGUUUGCUACUAACCGAACACAAGAAGUUACCAUCUUGCAGAUGCAGCAAGGACAAGGAUUUGAGGGAUUUCAGAUACGAGAACGGAAAGUGUUACCAACAUUUCACCAAAGGACCCUGCCAAGAGAAGGGUAGCUUAUUCCUAACCAACCAAAUUUGCGGAUGCCAUAACUUUUUACCUCACUUUCACGAAGCUACCAAGCAGUGCUAUGAAUUAGACACCAUAGGGCCUUGCCAGAAGGGUGAAGUCUUCCGAAUGAAGGACCACGACUCCUUCGCCAAAUGCCAUUGCAAAGAAGACUACACGAGAUACCUGAAUUCUUCUUCUUGCUACAGACCCUACACCCAAGGUCCCUGUCCACACAAUCACUUCCUAGUGAACUCCACAAGUUGCAUAAAACAGCCUUGUCGACGCGGUUUCCUGUUCUUCCCAAAGGAUCAAAGGUGCUAUAGGAUAGGCACUAAAGGUUCCUGCCCCGAAGGCAGAGUGGUCACCUUCGACUUCAGGACAAGGCCAUCUGUUGACGGCAUCUCCUACAACGGAUUGUGCGUGUGCGAAAAAGAAAACUGCGAUGUCAGCGAGCAGAGAACUGUAAGUUGCGCGAAGGGUUGGAUCAGAUACAAGGGGGCGUGCCAUAAGUUGUAUUCGCAAGGUCCCUGCCAAUCAGGAACGUGGUUGGUGCCCUAUAGGGCGACGUUAGGCAAGGAAGGCAUAUGCGAAUGCAUACCGGGUUACACCAAACAAACUAACAAAAACCUAGAGUUGGAAUGCAUGCCUCCCAGCGUUAUCAUUGCCGAAUAUCUCAACAAAACUUUUAGAUCUAUUGUAAGCCAAAAAAUUUCGAUAAACACCGAUGAAGAUAGGAAAUGAUUAGGUACAUAGUUCGAAUCAUGAAGUGUCAUACUUUCAAGAAUAUUGGAAGGAAUUUUAGUUUAAGAUUUGUAAUUUCGACUUGCGAAAUGUGAAAUUACCAUUUUAAGGCUGAGCUAGUUUUAAUGUGAAUCUCGAAACUUUUGUACAUAUUUCCAUUUUUUAAGAUUGUAAUUUUAGUGUCGAUUUAAUAAAAGUAUUAUCUUUAUUA